CCUAACGCUCUUCUCUCUCCCAUAGUCUGCUAAUUAUUUAACUUUUUUGUCUGUUAAAUCUCUCUAAUUCAUUGCUUUCUCUGAUCCGUAAGCAUUCAAUUCUAACGUCUUUUCUUCAAUUUCGCCUUAAUAUUUUUUUUGUAAUGCCUUGAGUUUCCUUACUUAAAUACGUUCUCCUUAAAAGCUUAAUGCUCGAUCUGCUUGUCUAGUUAUUUUGAUUUUUAUUCAUUUUUUAGGGUUUAGGUUUUGGGUUGUUUUUUAAAUCUGUUAUGAGCAUAUGAUUUGUUUAGUUGCGAGUAAUUUUAAUUUCUGGUAAUAUCUAGGGGUUGGAGGAUUAUCAGUAGAUAGUGCACGGUGGAUAGUUACUUUUAGCUCUUGGUACAUGUUUUGGAAAUGUAUUUGUUGUAUAGACUAUGUCUGUUAUGAUAACUCUAACUGCUUGCUUUAGUACUGCUUCGCUUCGCUGAUGAAUUCAAUGAAAAAUGCUGUUAGUUCUGGUACUUCCUGGCUGACUAUUUGAUGUUUGUUCGUUCGUUUUUAUUGGUAGAAAAUCAAGGGUUUGGUUAGAAAAGACUAAUUGCACAUCAGAUAUAUUUUAUAGCUGUUUAUGUUGGCUUGAUUGAGCUGUGACAAUGGGGAAAGAAUUAGUGAAGAAGAAGAGUCCAUUGGUUUUCAUGGACGUGUCUAUUGAUGGUGACCCUUUUGAAAGGAUGGUGUUUGAGCUUUUCUCUGAUGUUGCUCCCAAGACUGCAGAAAAUUUCCGUGCACUUUGUACAGGGGAGAAGGGAAUUGGCCCUAAAACUGGAAGACCAUUGCACUACAAGGGUUCCUUUUUCCACAGCAUCAUUAAAGGUUCCAUGGCUCAGGGUGGUGACUUUAUUAAACGGGAUGGGACCAGUGGAGAGAGCAUAUACGAUGGGAAGUUUCCUGAUGAGACACCAAGGCUUAAGCAUCAUGGUCCUGGUCUUCUGUCAAUGUCAAUUGCUGAUCGCGACACUUUAGGAUCUCAUUUUAUUGUUACUUUUAAGGCUAAUCAUCAACUUGAUAGGAAGCAUGUAGUCUUUGGGAAGCUUGUGCAAGGUGAUGAGGUACUGAAGAAAAUUGAAAAUGCAGGUGAUGAAGAAGGGAGACCAUUGGUGACGGUGAAAAUAAUAAAUUGUGGUGAAUUUGUGGAGGGUAUAGAAAACAAGAAAAUUCAAAAACUGAAAAUGGGAAAGGAUAAUUUGUCAGAUUCUAACAGUCAUGAAGCUCGGAAGAAAGGGAAGCAAAAAAAAUCAUCAAGAGACAGAAAGAAGAAGAGAAGACGACAUUAUUCAUCUGAGUCAGAGAGCUCAUCUGAUUCUGAAACAGAAUCAGACUCUGACAGUGAUUCUGACUUGUAUACAUCAUCCUCCUCUGAUCUUAGUUCAUCAAGCGAUGAAAAGCGUAAGAAGAGAAAGAGAUCUUCUAAGAAAGACAAGCAUAGACGUGGAAAAAGAAGAGACAAACGCCGUGAUAAAAGGCGAAAGAGACGUGAUAAGCGAUCUAAGCGUAGAACAAAAAGAGGGUCUGAAAGUUAUACUGAUACGGAGAGUGAAAAUGAAAGUAGCUCUGGUGAUGACGCUCUUGAUGCUCCUGAUAAAGAUCGAAGGCGUAAAGACCCUUCCCUGAAAUCAGCGAAGAAUCAGUCUACUAUAGUUUUGGAGGAAGAAUCUGCUUCCCUUCCCUAUAAAACAGCAGAAAAACCAGAUAUGCUCGAAAGGGAAGAGGGUGAAUCACCAAAGGAGAAUGGAGUGCGCAGGAGCAAUGGCAUUCAGGCGGAUUUAUCUGACAGAAGUGAAGAUAGACAACCUGAUGUGGUAGAUGAUCACCCAAGCAAAUCUAGGAGCCGAAGCAUUAGUCCCAAGAGGACCUUGAGUAAGAGUAUGAGUAUUAGUCCCAAGAGGAGUCUCAGCAAGAGCCCAAGUGUUAGUCCAAGGAGAAGCAUGAGCAGGAGUCGUGGUGCUAGCAGAAGCCCCCCUCAAGUUUCUCGAAGGAGUUUCAGCAGAAGUCCUGCUAGAAAUGGUGGCAGGCGGACUCCAGCUAGAAGCGUCAGUAGAAGCCCAGACAGAAAUACUAGAGAUAUUAGCAAGAGCCCUGUGAGAUCGCGUUCCAGAAGGACCCCAAGCAGGAGCCCUGUAAGAUCUCAUUCCCGAAGAACCUCAAGCAGGAGCCCUGUACGUCAACGAAGCAAGAGCAGGAGCCCACCUAGGACAUCAUCUCGAAAGUCUGUUAGCAGAAGCCCAGUUAGAUCUGCUAGGAGAGGAAUAAGUAGAAGCCCUGUUAGAUCUUCUCGGAGAACUGCUAGCCCAAGCCCUGUUAGAACUGUUCGGAGAAGCAUUAGCAGAAGCCCUGUUAGAUCUCGGAGAAGCAUCAGCAGAAGCCCUGUUAGAUCUCGGAGAAGCAUCAGCAGAAGCCCAAUUAGAUCUCGGAGAAGCAUCAGCAGAAGCUCGGGUAGGCUUCCUUUAAAAAGAAGUGCUAGUAGAAGUCCAGUUAGGGCUUCAAGUAAGCAUAAUCGCCGCAGCUAUUCAAGGAGCCCUAGUCCUGUACGCAGGCCAAGAUCUCCUCCUGAUCGCAGAAGUUUGUCAAAAAGUGUUUCCCCUGAUGGGUCUCCCAAACGUAUUAGAAGAGGGCGAGGUUUCAGUGACCGUUACUCUUAUGCUCGGCGAUAUAGAACACCUUCUCCAGAUCGUUCUCCUGUUAGAUCAUACCGUUAUGGUAGAGGUGACCGAGACAGAUAUUCAAGUUACAGGAGGUAUUCGCCGAGGCGUUACAGAAGUCCACCAAGAGGAAGAACUCCUCCCAGAUAUAGGGGGAGGAGAAGCAGAACAAGGAGUGCAUCUGUAUCACGAAGCCCUCGCUAUCGUAGCCGUCGAUACAGUCCCAAUCGCAGCCCAGUUCCCAGCCGUUCCCCAGUUGACGCACCUAGGUCUCGCGGCUCUCCACGAGGUAAUAGGCGAAGGUCUCCUUCUCGAAGCCGGAGCCCAUCAGUGUCAAAGUCCUCAUUGGACUCUCAGUCUCCCAAAAGGAUUAGCAGAGACAGGUCAAAGUCAUCAUCAGGAAGUCCUGCUUUGAAGAGGCGCUUGGUGUCAUAUGAAGAUGGUUCCCCUUGAUGGGGGAUCUUAUGGUUAGAAUUACAUAUGUUCGCAUAUGCUCAAGUUUUCACUUGCGAUUUUGGCGGACUGGACAUGAAGUUUUUUUUCUUUUACUACUAGGGUCUGUUUGUAGUCGCUUUAUCAUAAUAUAUUAUUAGUCUUUGGUGUGUUACGAGGAUAUGUAUUUCUUACAAUGAGACAUUGCACAAUCCGAGUAUUAGGAUAUUUA